AGAAGAUGGCUGCCAAGAAGGACAAGACGCCCGCCGUCUAUGACAGCGACAGCGAUGAAGCGCCCGAGGUCGUGACCAAGCAGAGCGCCACGGAGCAGGCGCUGACUCAGCAGCGACAGGAGGAAGAGGCUCGCGCACAGGCUACCGCCGCCAAGAGAAAGAGAAAGACCAAGCAGGAGCCUAAACCAGAGGAGGAGGUGCCGGAAUUGUCGGACGACGUGCUGUCGGCUGUUGCUGCUCGUAAUGAGGAGGAAGAGGAGGAGGAUAAAGCGGAGGAGUUGCGUGCCAAGAAGCGACGUGCAGUGGAGGAGGCCAAACUGGCUAAAUUGAUGGAGAAAAAGACCCACACGAGACAGUUUGGCAACAUUCAGGUGCAGACGCUCGAGUCGCUAGAGAACACGCAGACGAGGGAGCUGUCGACCAGUGCCAAGCAGUUCUUGGAGCGACGCUUAGCGCCGACUAGAGCGAGAAUGAACAUCAUGGAGGGACACCCGUCGCAGUUUGCUAGAAAGCAGAAGCUCCGCAGUCAGCGAACCUAAGGGGUAAAAUCAACAUUCCUUUUGAGCAAUAUGUAGCACUGGGAACUAGUUCGAAUAUGUCGCCCAUGCGUUUGCAAAUAGGCUGAUUAGUAUAGUGAUACGUAUGGC